AUGAAGCAGCCGAAGCAGGCCAAGGUUGCGACAGGCCAGACCAUUCGCGACAAGGCGAAGGAGCGCGCCGCUCUCAACCGUGAUGUCGUCAAGCCCGUCUUCGCGAGCCCGCCGAACACGCCCGCGCACCUGCUGAAGGCGAUCAUGGCCGACCUGCCGCAGAUAAUCCCGCAAGAAGUGGCCGACUACCACGUCUCGCGAGCGCGGUGCUCGAAGGCAGCGAAGCGAGCACGCAAGGCCGCCGAGGGCAAGGGCGAAGCCGCUGACGCUGCGAAGUCCGUCGCGGCCAAGGAGUCCGAGCCGGUACCGGCGGAAGCGAUCCGGCCAGAGAUUCUGGACCACCUCGUGCUCGGUCUGAAUGAGGUGAUCAAGGCGCUGGAGCAGGCAACGGGACAGUUGGAGGCGCAGCUCAUCGAGCUUGCCGACGCGAUCGAGGGUGUGCCGUCUCUCCCUCGCUUCCUCCCCACAGAGCCCACGGAAGUCAAGGCUGUCGGCAAGGUGAAGGCGCCGGCAGCUCCGCUCUCGCACGUUCUCGUCCCGCAACUGUCUGUCUCGCCGAUGGCGCUCGUCGACCCCAUCCCGGCGCUCUGUGCGACGUAUAAUACGCACGUCCGACAGCUGCGCGUGCUGGCCAAGUCGGCGCCGGCGGGCGUCACCGUCCCGGAGGUCGCGGAAAUCCGGUUGGUUUCGCUGGGACGAGAGGAGCCUGAGGUAUCUGCGCUUGCUGGUCUUCGACGAGUGGCGUGCUUCGCUGUGCGCCAGUCGCAUCCCAACGCCUGCGUUCUCGACGGACUGUGCAAGAAUAUCCCUCCGCCGCGGCACAGCAUCACGCUGCCCUUCCCGACGCGCCUGCGCAUCAUCGAUGGCAAGGACGCUGGAACGCCGGCUAAGACGAACGGGAAGGAGAAGGAAGUGGCAAGCAAGCUACCCGAGACGCCGGUGGAGUACGCUCCGCUACACGUUAAGGCGCUGCACACUACGAUGCCACUGGACAACAACGCGCGCAAGGCCGUGCGUCUAGAGGAGGUGCGGAAGAAGCGCGCGGAGAACAAGGCGAAGCGCCGCGAGGCGCGCGAGGCCCUCGAGCGCAAGGUGCGCCUCGAUCUCGGACAUGCGCGCGGGAAGGGACGUAAGGCGCGCCUCGCCGAGAAGGCGGAGAAGGCAGCGGCGAAGGCGGCCGAGUCCGGACCGGCGCAGAAGAAGGCGAAGAAGUAG